AUGGGAAGCUAUCGGUUCGUGCUCGUCGAACCUGCUGCCAGGCCAGCCUAUCCUCUCUUUGGCGUCCUUCCAAUACCAGCGACCAUCGCCACGCAGGCAUUGCUCGGCAUUGGUGCUCUUCUCAUCAUUAUUCUCGCUUUGGCAGCAUACAGCGAUAUGCUCAAGCCAGGACUGCAAUCAGUCUCGCGCCUCCAUCCCUAUACCCCUUCGGCUCCCUCCGACAAGGCUCAGUCAUUGCGGCGGGCCCGCUCCGCUGCUCCCUCCUCCUCGCUCCAUUCUUCAAGAGCUUCAUCCCGGUCUUCAGCAUCGACAUCGAGAGCUCGCAUAGCUAAUCCAAAGUACAAGGGUCUACGCAACACGGGCAACACCUGCUUCUUCAACUCAACCCUGCAGUCAAUAUCGUCUCUCGCGCUAUACCGCAAGUAUCUCUAUGUUCUGGUGGAAGAGGCAGAACGAUGGGAUACUCCAACACCCGUCAUCGAUGCACUGCUAGAGCUCGUCGAAGAGCUCGCUACACCAGGCGACCGGAACAUGACGAUAAACCCACAACAGCUCGUUCGUGCUCUCCAGAAUCUGCCCUCCUCCUCGAUACGAAGCCUCGUGGGUGCUCACCAGCAACAGGACGCGCACGAACUCUUUGCGCUUCUCAACGAGGCAGUCGAUGCCGAAGCCAGAGCUAUUCAGCAUGAAAGACAAAAGAAGCUCGACAGCGAACAGGCUGGCUUCCGAGCGCUCAUGGCGCCAUCGCUGCCAUGGAGCGGCUGCGGUGUGUAUGCAGAUCCAGCGCACGCUUCUGGUGCUCCUACAUUGAACGGCACCUUCAACCCGCUCGAGAUCCUUGGGAUGACCGAUAAAUCCAACAGCACUUCCGCCGAAGCGAGCAAGAUGCACUCAAGCAGCACCAGCAACACUCUCAUGAUCUCACCCUUCGACGCUCUCUUGGCGCAGCGCACCAUCUGCCUCGAUUGUGGAUAUUGCGAGGCGAUCCGGCACUUUUCCACAUCCGAGAUCUCCCUGUCCGUGCCAGCGAUGAACGUGAGUACUCGCACGUCCGAGAUUACAGGUACAUCAGCCUGCUCGUUGCAAGAAUGCCUCGCGCAGUGGUCCGACUUGGAACAGGUCGAUUGGAUUUGCUGGAACUGCACGCUACGCAACACCUUGCAAGCUGUCAAGGAGGAUCUCUCCAACAAAGGUUCCGCCACAAAGCAGAACGGAGUAGCCGCGAACGGCUCCGCUCAUGCAUUGUCGAACGGCAACUUGACUCCAGCAAAGAAGAAGCGACUUGCUCAGCUCAGGUCGAAGGAAACCAAGCUGACUCGCAUUCUGGAGUCUGGCUUGUCAGAGGACGAGCUCAAGCAAUCUUCCGAGGAUCCCGCCUCGCCCUGGUUCAACAUAUUGAACAACAUCCAGCUCAAAAAGACGCUCAGUCGACUGUCCACGAAACAGAUCAUGAUCUCUCGACCUCCCCGCGUGCUGACGUUGCACCUCAACCGGUCCUCGUAUUCGGCCUCUUCAUGGGCACCAUCGAAGAACAAUCGUCACGUGCUGUUUCCAGAGUAUCUCGACUUGAGUGACUUCACCCUUCAGGGAAGCAUCUCGCUGGACGGGAGGCAGACUAUGAACUCGAAUGCCAUUGGCAGAGACGAUGGUCCGGAUGCAAAAGCGGAAUCCCUCUACCGGCUGGCUGCUAUUGUCGUACACUACGGCUCGCACUCAUUUGGACAUUACAUUGCGUUCAAGCGCGUUUCUGGGGCAGGCGAGUCAGGAUACGAUGGGAUUGCCGACCAAGGCGCGGGGGACAGCUGGCUGCGGAUCUCAGACGAAAGCGUCUCACCUGCCACCAUUCAGCAGGUCAAGCAGGAGAACCCGUAUAUGCUCUUCUACGAGCUUAUGCCGGCGAGAGCUCAGCAGGACAAGAUCGAGCUUCCGGACGGGGCGGACUAUGCCAUGCUGCAAAAAGCGAUAGCUGGGGCGAUGGGCGCGAAUGGACACAGUAAGACUGGAACGGACGAAGGCGCGAGUAGUGUUACCUCCUCGAGAGCGAGUCCCGGUCCGAGCUCUUUACGGAUCAGGCCGAGGACGGUACAUCGAUGGAGCACUCCACCAGUAGCGUAG